AGCUCACUUUUAUGACGCUUGUAAUUUUCCUCUGUCUGUAUCAGAUGGCGAGUGGAAAUCUCCUCCUUCCCCUCCCCUGUGCAAAUCCAAAACCACGCCUGGAAACAAAAGGAAAAAGCCUGCCCGUGCCUUAUAGGAUCAUUCAUUCCAGACAACCGAGAGAGGAAUCGGUUCCCAGACUCCAAUGGUCUUGGAGGACGGCCAAACCGAGCUCGGCAAUUGAAGCUUGGCAUUUUAUUUUUUUUGGUUUUCCCCAAGAGGGAAUUUCUGCCGGAUGAGCGUCUGUCGCUUAGCGGCUGCCAAAAGGACAUUCUUAUAAUUUGCCCGAAGCUGCCUGGAAGAUCGUUUCCCCCUCCUAGAACAAUACAAAAACCUAUGUUCGUGCUUUCCGCCUUCCUUCCCAUCAUCACGAUGCCGCACAGCAUACCAUCCAUGAGCUCAGAUUUCCAGCAUUACAGUUUCAGGAUGCCAAACAUUGGAUUCCAGAACCUGCCUCUGAACAUAUACAUUGUGGUCUUUGGCACUGCCAUCUUCGUCUUCAUCCUUAGCUUACUCUUCUGCUGCUACCUGAUCAGGCUGAGACAUCAAGCCCACAAAGAACUAUACGCUUACAAACAGGUUAUCCUAAAGGAAAAAGUCAAAGAACUCAACUUACAUGAGAUUUGUGCUGUUUGUUUGGAGGAAUUCAAGCCCAAGGAUGAACUGGGAAUCUGUCCAUGCAAACAUGCCUUCCACAGAAAGUGCCUCAUUAAGUGGUUGGAGGUGCGGAAAGUGUGCCCCUUGUGCAACAUGGCCGUUCUCCAGCUGGCCCAACUCCACAGCAAGCCCGACCACCACGGACUCCCCCCACAGGAACCCCUCCCCGGGGCAGCCAACAUCGUAUAGCUUCCCAAGCGCUGCGCACUUCUCCAACACAACCCAGAACCCAACGGACCUGCGCAGAGCGGCUCCGAUCCCUGGACCUGCUGCCGGUUGCCUCGGACUAUCAAGCAGGGUUCCUUUUGUCUCUUGAAGAGUUUCCCGAGAUGCACUGGAAGGAAGGAAGGAAGGAAGGAAGGAGGGAAGGACACGGCGCCAGGCCCUGCAGCACAAAACGAACGCCAAAAGUCUGUGGGUUUGGCUUUGCUUUAGUUCUUUUUUAAAAUGGUUUUGUACAAGCACUUUACAAAGGAGGCGCUUAGGGUAUAGGAUCAGGUGCCUGCCUUUUCCUUCAGUGGGAUGGAAGGAGGGAGAGGACAACGCAGAAGAAGGAAAUGAGGAUGAAGACCAGGAAUGGCCCCGGUGGCGCUGGGCAUCUGGGGCCGAAGAGACUCCGCGUGCCCCCCUCCCCUCCUUCGCCACUGCUUUGGACGAGACCCAAACAUUUCCACCUCCCUGGCAGUUACCUCAUACCAGAUUGCCUGUGGGCUUCCAGGACAGAAGAACAGUAAGGCAAUAUCCUGAUGUGGCGGCAGCACAACAAUCCGUGGUUUACGGGGAAAUCCCACAGACUGAUUUGUAGGGGAAACGUGAUCAUUUGGGCCACAACCCAGCCCCGAAGGUUCCUGUUAGGCACUUGAGACCCACCUUUCCUCCAUUCCUGCCUCCGAAAAUUCUUUUAAGUGCCCCAAGGAGGAGGAGGAGGAAGGGCAAACCCCCAUCUCACAAAAUAUUGUCAUCUUGAUGGAUGACUUCCAUCUUUGGUAAGAAGCUCAAAGGAAAACUCAGCCCUGCCAGCUUCUGAUAAAAAGGAUUGAUGGAUUCAACCCCAGGAUAUAGGGAUGUCCCUCCCCACUCUGCAGUGUGCAUCUCAUUCAAACCAUGCGCUGGAGAAGAGGGCAUUUAUUCUUCCAAGUUCGAUUGGAAUUUUCUUUCUUUUUUAAUGGCAGAUGCAGCAACCUUGCAAUUUAGGCUUAGUCACUCAGCUGGUGCCAAGAAUAGGUUUACAUGGCAGGGUUUGCUUGUCAACCAGUUCAAAUGAAUGAAUGCAAAAAGAGCUGAGUUGGACCAGACCUAAGGCUUCUUUAAGUCCACAAAGAGUCAUAGGUAGAAGCAGAAGGCCCUUUCUUGGUAAUGUUCUCCAGCAAAUAGUACCUCAACACAUGUCCUUUGUCUGAAGACCUAUUGCUGGGAAACAAAAACAACAGACAUGCCACCUCAAAACCAAAACAGAAGUUAGCUUCUUUGAGUCAAAACGCCAGAUCUGGCUAAGAGAAAUUCUGGUUGCGAUAGUCCAAGAAGGGUCAUAUAUUUACAGCCAUUGCAAUGACAUUUGUAGCCACCCAUGACUUCUGUAUCACAACUCUUUUCCAGUCUCAAUUCCUUAAAAUCCAAACUAAAUUGCCAAGCAAUAGUAGGCCGAUACACUCAAUACAUUGGAUUUAUGCAAUAUAUUAUUUUUUCAUUUUGAGGCUCCAGUUGAGGGCCCAUUCAGGGUCUGGGUGGAGUCUUAAGUCGCCUUUCACUGUGGAUUUGGCUUCCUGAAAAUAAUGACUGUUUGUUAGAAGAGGCAAGAGCUAAACCAAAAGCUUAGGCAGCUUAAGGUCAAUAAUGAUAGGAGAUAAGACCCCAACCAAAUCUGGAAGGUCGGACUCGAUCUCCUAUCAUCCUUGACCAGGCUGGGAAUUGAGGUCCAGCAACUUCUGGUGGACCACAGAUUGAUCCAUCCUUGUUAGACAGAAAAAAAAUCAAAAUGUCCACCCCAGCAUCUCUGUUGUGGAAUCCAGUCCCGAUUAUAACUGUGCACAUCAUUUUGGUGUAUGCAAAACAGGCAGGGUAUCUAUCUCCCCAAGUCGUGACCUUCCUUUGGGGAGUGUUUUCAUUAUUAUUAUUUAUCUGUCCGUGCUUGCAGUUGUUCAAAGGAGACAGGGAGGGCUUUGAUUUUACAGUAUUACGUUGUACAGCGUGGGUUUUUCUUUUAAAACAACGGCAUCCAGACUGUUCUUCCUCAGUAGGGCAACUUUCCAACAGCCGAUUGAUAUGAAACGUGGCAAGGGUUUUUGGUCGCUGCCCACACUUCAGAUUGUCUUUUUACCAUUUUAGACCAUCCAGGAAGUCUCCCAAUGCUUCCCAUCCCCCCCCCCCCCUUCUUUCUUUUUUUUUUUGUAAAUAGUGUGUGACUCUCUUGAACAGAGUUUAUGAACCCUAAGGGAAUCCUCCUGGAUUCAUAGACGCAUUUGUACACUAAAUAAAUAAAAUUCUGCAGCAGAAUAUUUUUUUUAUUAAGGAGGGAAAAAAAACCGAAGAUGGAAAACAUUUGCUGGGUUAUUAUUUUGUAAGCUAUAUUUUUGUAUAUUUAAUUGCUAUUUUAAAAAUCCUAAUGCAUCUUUUUUGCUAAUCUCACUAUUCUUAAAUGCGAGUGGGGUGGGGGCAGGGAAGACGUUUGCAUGUGAUUUGACUUGAAAUGUAAAUAAAGGCAGAUUUUUUUGGAAA